GGCUGAUAUAUUGGUUUAACAUUUCAGAUUGGAAAUUGUUUGACAGAAGUUGAUUAUUUAAGACUAAUUAAUCAUCAUUGUGAUUCCAUGCCUAGAAAAAAUUAUUAUGCAAUAAAAACGAAAUUAGUAAAAUAUCAGGAGUUGUUAUCAGCUGGAACAUUUGAUGAAGAAACCAAUGCGGCUGAAUCAUUCAGUGAGUUCAAUGGAGAUCAUAUUGAUAAUAUAGUGCAUCCAUCACAGAAUAGUAUCCAUGUUUCUGCCAAUACCUUGAUAAAUCCCUACACCUGUGCCAACUCUAAUCACGAACAUUUUGAAGUGGCUGACAUUCCUUUAACUCAGCCUUCUUCAUCAACUGUUACAUUUGAAAAUGCUUUUCAAACCACUGAAUGUGAUGACCCCAUAC